GGUGAAGAUAUUUAAUAUAGAAACACCAUUGGGCUGCAGCAUCAUGGGCGAUUUUGGGGUUUAAAAAAUAAAAAGUAGGGAAAGGCACAAAAACUAGCUGGUAUGUGCACACGAGUAGCAACAAUAAAGUCGAGAGUCAAGAUUGCGUUGAGGCCAAACCCCCAAAAUAGAAGGGACAUUGGCGAAGGGCAGCACACAAUCUCUAUACAACGCCUGCUUAGCCAGGUGCCUAAUCGGUUCGGCCUAGGGACUUUAGGCCAGAAAUAAGUGUUUUUCAGAGUCUUGUUUACCCCAGCUCUUUACCCGGCAAUGCAACGCCCGAUAUCUUCCCCUUUAUGGCCUCCUCGGCGGGGCGGGAUUAGAGCUUCUUGACAAUAGGUAGCCCGGGGUAUUUAAAUCCCUUUUCUCUUCGCAGUUGGUGGCUAGAACGACGAUAGGAUUCAACCUGGGGCAUCUUGGACCGGUAGAAAGAUGACGGACCAGGGGAGACUGUCUCACCUAUUCAAGCUGCUGUCGUGUUUCUUGGCCGGCAUAUCCAGAUCGCUGGGUCAUGCAGGAAUAGAAACAGAAACAGGGACAACAGCCGCAGCAGCCAAUUCCACGUAUUACAACCCCAUAUUGCCCGGCUUCCACCCGGAUCCCAGCUGCAUCUUUGUGCCCGAGCGCGACAACACAUUCUUCUGCGCCUCGUCCAGCUUCAACGCCUUCCCCGGAAUCCCCAUCCACGCAAGCAAGGACCUGCAAAGCUGGAAGUUGAUCGGCCAUGUUCUGGACCGGCUAGAGCAGCUUCCAAGACUCAGUGAGACUAAUAGGUCGACUAGCGGAAUAUGGGCACCGGCCCUGAGAUUCCACAAAGACACCUUCUGGGUUGUCACAACCCUGGUCGACGACGACCGCCCACAGUCUAACUUCUCCAGAUGGGAUAACCUCAUCUUCAAGGCAAAGGAUCCGUUCAAGCCGGCCUCUUGGUCUGACCCAGUCCACUUCAAUUUCACCGGCUAUGAUACCGAGCCGUUCUGGGAUGUAGACGGGAAAGUAUACAUCACGGGUGCUCACGCGUGGCAGGUUGGUCCGGCAAUACAACAAGCCGAAGCUGACCUGGACACGGGAAAAGUGGGCGAGUGGCGCACAAUCUGGAACGGAACCGGCGGCCUGGCUCCUGAAGGGCCACACAUCUACCGGAGAGAUAGCUUCUACUACCUUUUGGCCGCAGAAGGAGGCACCGGGCUGAAUCACAUGGUCACCAUGGCUCGGUCCAAGAGCAUCAGUGGGCCGUUUGAGGCGAACCCAGCGAACCCCGUCUUGACAAAUGCCAACACGACCAGCUACUUCCAGACGGUCGGCCAUGCCGACCUGUUCCAGGACCACGUUGGAAACUGGUGGGCCGCGGCUCUGUCCACCCGGUCGGGACCAGAAUACGUCAACUACCCGAUGGGAAGGGAGACGGUCCUGACUCCGGUGCAGUGGACCUCCGCUAAGGACUGGCCAGUCUUUUCGUCUAUCAGUGGUGAGAUGAGUGGCUGGGCGUUGCCGGCUCGUGUCUCUCCGGGAGACGACGUCGGCGGUGAUGGCAUUGGUGGGACAGGACCAUACAUCAACCAAGGCGACCUCAUCACCUUCUUCCCGCCCGGCUCCUCACUACCACCGCACUUCACGUACUGGCGCUUCCCGCGCGGCGGCGCCUACACCAUAUCACCUCCGGAGCGGCCGGGGACGCUCCGGCUGCUUCCGUCGGCGCUCAACCUGACGGCGCUGAACGGCAACUACGCAGGGGGGCCGGGCGGGGGACAGACGUUUGUGGGGCGGCGGCAGCAGGACACGCUGUUCUCGUUCAGCGUCGACGUGUCGUUUGCGCCGCCGCCGUCCGACAGAGAGGUAGGGGUGGAGGCGGGCGUGACGGCGUUCCUGACACAGAACCACCACCUCGACCUGGGCGUCGUGCUGCUCCCGGCCAACACCACCGCCGGCACGACCGCGUUUCCGGGGCCGGCAGGAGGACAGGGCAAAGACGAGCCCGGCGCGGCAGGCGAGCUCGUGCCGCACGUGCGGUUCCGCGGCAUGUCGUCGUCGACGGCGGUGCCGGGGCCCGUGGUGGCUCGGCUGCCGAGGGCGUGGUGGCGCAACGGCAGCGGCGGCGGCGGCGGCGGCAAUGCGACUCUGGAGCUGACGUUGGAGAUCAAGGCGGCCAACACCACGCACUUUAUGUUUUCCGUGGGGCUGGCGGGCGCGCGGUCGGCGAUGCAGACUAUCGCGUCGGCGCCCAACGAUGCCGUCAGCUGGGGCUUUACAGGAACAAUCCUUGGCGUGUACUGCACGAGCAAUGGCGGGAACGGGACAACGCCCGCCUACAUCUCGAAGUGGCGGUAUAUACCAGAGGGCCAGUUCUAUGACCGAGGACGUUUCCAAGAGCCACACAAAUCUUCCUGA